AUGGUUGCAAUUAAAAUAAUUACUCUUGACGACCAAGAUGCUUAUUAAGAAUACUUCUUACACUCAGAAAACUUUCAAGACUAUAGAGAAAACUAGAAAAUCAAUCUCUUCAUUUUUGCUUCGCUAUCAGCUCUCUAUAUUGUUUUUACUAUUAUACAAAAAUACAUUAGAAAGAUAUAGAUUAUAAGUUUCUACUUGGUAAUGAUAAUAGCACCUUUUACGUUUGGGUAUAAGUCUUGCUUUAAAAAAGAAGUAAUAAUAUUUGAUUCGCUAUUAGUUUAUCUCUUACUCUACUAUUCAAUGCAAUAAGUACUUGAUGACUGUAUUUACUAGUACUUUAUUGCGGUAAUUAAUAUUACUCUCGCUUCAGUCAUGUUAGGUUCUUAUAAAGUUUACGAUGUCGAUGGCAAGGAAAUAAAUUUUAGGGGUUUUAAGUUUUAUUAAGCAUAUGUAGCUGUAACUUCAAUGUUAGUAAUUAUCGGUUUCAUAUUGACUUCCUUGGAUGUUGUAUAAAGCCGAAAAAAAUCCUUUUUGUUCAAUGUCAAGGUUACAACACUAAAGACUUCAUAUGAAAAUGUUAUCAAUAGUUUUCCUUAGGGAAUAUUAGUGACUACUCUAGAUACUGAGAUUUUAUACAUGAAUGACGAGCUUAGAGGUUUUCUGAAGGAUGAGGAAGUGAGCAACACAGAAGAAGUCCUUUAGCAUAAAUUAUUUACGCCUUAUCAACUCGGGCAAAGCAAGGAUACUACUUUACGAAAUGCUAUAAACAUUUCUGACAUAGUUUAAGAUUUUCACUACUAUAACAAUAGUAAAUAGUACUACUAAAUUAAUGUCAACCAUAUUCCUGAAGGAGUUGAAAAUAUAUUUAAUAUUGAACCUGAUAUAAUUGAGGUUGAACUCUUCAGUAUCAUCUUCGACGAUCAACAAGCAAUACUUAUGCUUAUUAAAAACAUUAGUCAGCUUCUCAAGGCUGAAAAAUAAAAGAAUGAGAGCAAGUACUAGGAGUUGCUAACUGCUACACUAUCUCAUGAAAUGAUGAAUCCUCUAAACUCUAUAAUUACACUUUCAGGAUUAGUGGAAUAGUAGUAUUAUGGGCCAGUAAUACCUCAAAAAAUGGCUUAAGAUUGGAUAGAAUACUUCAAAAUAAUUAAUUCAUCUUCAAAAAUUAUGUAUUACUUAGUCAAAAGCCAAAUCGAUAUUUAGUAGAUCAAAUAAGGGAAAUUCUCUGUAAAUAAUACUUCCUAAAGGCCAAUGGAUAUGAUAAAGACUGUAACAAAUUUAUUCAAGAUGUAACUAAACCAGAAAAAUGUACCCUUGAUUAUUCUAGAAACAUAAGACACUCCUCGGUAUCUUGUUAGUGACUGGGAAAAAUAUCAAUAAAUUCUUAUAAAUUUCAUCUAAAACUCAGUGAAGUUUACGGUUGAGGGCGAAAUCAGGGUAUUGGUUGGCUUUUAAACAAUGGAUGCUACUUAGAAUACUUUGAUGUACUCUAACAGCUAAGAUUGUGAAACAUGUGGAUAUUUAUAGACUUAAAUCUUUGAUACUGGAAUAGGCAUCAAGGAGGAUAUGAAGUAAAGACUAUUUUAAGUGUAUAAGGCUUAAGAUACUGAAGAAGCAAGUAUAAUAGGAUCAUCAGGGGUGGGUUUAGGGCUUAGUAUCAGCAAAGAUUUGAUAUUAGCUAUGAAGGGCUCUGUAAAGAUAGAAUCUUAAGAAGGAACAGGUACUGAAGUAACUUUCAGAAUAAAAGUUCAAUAGGAGUCAUGUUUAAGAAACCAUGAAUAAGAUAAAGGUAAAGAUUUUUGUAGAUAAAUGCCUUACGAACAGAAAAUCUCAGUCAAGCUUUAAAAUGAGUAUAAGAUUUAGAUAAUAGAAGAUUCUAACUUAAAACCUAGAGAAGUUAGUUCCUUUAGGACUAGCAGGGAUUUUUCAUCAUCUAAUGAUCCAUUACCGAAUAUCCCAAUAUCAAAUAACUAUAAAAAGCAAAGCUCAAAUGUCAAAUAUCUUCUUAAUAAUAAUUCAAGUUUAAUUAGCAAGGUAAAUGGACUGAGGAACUAAGGGUCAAAUAGGCGACUUUUUGGCAAUGACAUCGACAUUCAGUCAAUAAAUUUCUCUUAAAUUAAUUCUAUAGUUUUACAAAAGCAUAAAACCUAAAAAAACGAAACUUUGAAAACCUUACAAAACCAACAUGAAAGUACAGUUAAAAGUAAUAGUGGAGGUAAAUCAAAUAAUAAUGUGGGUACCAAUGGGUAGGUCAGUUCGAAUUCAUCAUAUAUUAAUCUGAACCUAAACUUCAAUAAUAAUAGCACACUUUUAUCUAAGAAAAAGAGGUCUAAGAAAGGUAGGAAAUAAGUUAAAGACAAAAGAGUUUAUGAUAAAAAAUACAAAUAAAGAUUAAGUCUUUUAGAUCCAUAGCCAUUUGACUCUGUUAGAUAUUCCAUCUUAAGAAUGAAUAAUAAUAUCUUCUAAGGGGAUCAUGCCUCAAAUAUCAAUCAGUCUUCAAUUGAUUAUGCGACUCAUACAGAAAAAUCAAAAGACAUAUUCAAAGGAAGUAACUCAAAUUUCAAAACUUAAAACAUGAUUUCCUCACUCACAAGUAUCGAACACCUGGCUGGUCUGGCUGAUCGCUCUCCUUUGCAAAGGAAAAAAAUAGAGUAUAAGUAUAAUUCAGGUCUUCCAGUUGCGACUAUGACUAGAGAAGGAUCUGCAAUGUCAGGACAAUCUCAUCAACUUCUUAACCCUCUACAUAUAAGAGCAGUUUCUUCAAAAAAUCUUUUUUCUAAUAAAAAGCAGCCUGCUCCAUUAGUUAAAUUGCAGUUAGGGCAGUUGAAUAAUGCAACAUAGGGUAAUAUGGGGGAUACUGAUAGUUUCAACAAAGAUUAUGAUAUAGUCUAUUCGACUUCGACCCAUAAAAAUGAUUUGCCGAAUCUUACAGUAUUUCAUAGAAAUUAUGGCAUUAAAUCAGGAACAAUGGUUAUUGAGGAGGAAUUACAGAAUAGUAAAUUAUCAGAAAUAUACGGGCCUAGAUAGGUCAGGGACUCAACUAGUAUGAUGAAUAUUUUAAAUCCAUAAGCAAAUGCAUUACAAAUAAUGAAUAACAAUGAGGCUGAUCCAUGUACUUUAAGGAAUUAAGUAUCAGGUAGCUUCAAUUAAAAUCUAGAAAUUUUUGAUGAUGAAGACAAUAAUACAUUCCAAACAAGAGUUUAAGUAAUUGCAGGCAAAUAGAAAGAGUGCUCUUGUUCAGCUGAAAUACUGAUAGUAGAUGAUUAAAUGUUUAACCUGAUUGCACUUGAGUUAAUUCUCAAAGAAAUGUUUGGACUGGCCGUAGAUAAAGCAUUCAACGGGCUAGAAGCUGUAAAUUUAUUCAACAAAAAAAUCCUUAAAAAAUGUUGCGACAUGAAAUACAAAUUGAUACUUAUGGACUUAAAUAUGCCGAUAAUGGACGGAUAUGAGUCAACUUAACAGAUACUAGCGCAGUUCAAGCGACUUUAUCCAGACGGGUCAUAUCCUAAUGGAGAUAAAAUGCAGAUUAUUGCUGUUACAGCCUUUGUAAACGAUGAAAAUGUGAAAAUGUGCUAUUAAGUGGGAAUGAAGGAUGUCCUUCACAAACCGGUUGAUUUCGGGGCUCUUGGGAAAGCUCUUGACAUCCAUUUCCAUUAUAAAACAAAUAAUUGA